GGAUCGCAGCUUUAUAGGGUCACAUCCGGUCACAAUAUACUGCCACGGGGGAGGAGCUUGACUAGCUAACGUUUCGAAUGAAUUGACUUUUUAACGAAACAAUUUUGCUCAGGGAAACAUACUACAAUUCAGGUACCAUCAGUUAUACCAAUGAGUUCGAAAAGGAGAAGGGCCACCUCUCCAUCCAGUAGUAGUGUGAGCGGAGGAGACUUUGACGAUGCCUCCUCCUCCACUCCCGGAAGCGGGCGAAAGAGGAGAAGACCCUCUAAUGUCCCUACGGUAGAUCCUAUUGCUGUGUGCCACGAGGUGUACAACACUGUCAGGGACCACAAGGACGACCAGGGAAGACUGCUUUGUGAGCUGUUCAUCAGGGUACCAAAGAGAAGGAAACAGCCAGACUACUAUGAGGUGGUGUCCCAGCCCAUAGACAUGACCAAGAUCCAGCAGAAGCUCAAGUCAGAGGACUACCAAGAUGUGGAGCAGCUCACUGCUGAUUUCCAGCUCAUGUUCAACAACGCCAAGACCUACUAUAAGGUGACACACACACUAUGUGGAUUGAAGUCUAAGCUGAAAAUCGAUUGAAAACUUGAUUGUGCUGUACUUUGUGAUAUUACACUUUGUGAUAACAAACUUUGUUAGUCUUUGACUAGUAGGAAACACAUCCUUUAGACACAGCAGGUUAUUCAUGCUUUUAUAUCAGGGUUUCCGUUAGGAUAAUGUGGUACUGGACAACGUGACUUGGAAGAUUUACAUUUACUGGCCAUUUUGAGAAAUAUACCGGAACCAUAUGCAUUGGGUUUGUAACCCAUUAGGGCGUCUACCUCCGGUGCUCGGAAUGACAGAAAUAACAUUUACAUUAUGGUAAUUCAUCUUAACAGAACAUUCAACUCCUGUAAUGAAGCAGACAAUAAAACGUCACUUUC